AUGCAUCAACAAAUAUCGUCCGUAGUCCGAUUCCUGGUGAUAAUCUGGACGACCAGGUUGACCAAUUAUGUGACCGGCUUUAACCUGGACGGAUCUCCGGUUAGCCAUUCGCAGUUUAGGAAGUGGAAUGCUGCCUUAAAUGGAACUUUGGAAUUAGAAUUUAAGACGGAAAGGCCAAAUGGCCUGGUUUUGUACACUGAUGAUGGUGGAACUUAUGAUUUUUUCGAACUUAAGUUGGUGGAAGGAGCUUUGAGGUUGAGGUAUAAUCUGGGAGGAGGAGCGCAGAUCAUUACGGUGGGCAGAGAUUUGCAUGAUGGGCAUUGGCAUAAAGUUCAGCUAGUCUAUAAAUUAAAUUCUACAAGUAUGAGGAAAUCAUUGGGUACAUAA